AUGGCAACCUGUGAUGCCAAAUAUACAUUCACAUCGGCCAGUAUUGAAAGCUAUGGCAGCCAGCGCGACGGAGGGCUAUUCCAACACUCACCCUUUGGUCAAGCUCUUUUGGCAAAUGAAUUGCCAUUACCGCCAAGUUUUCCUUUAUGGAUUGGAUCUGCAGAGCCAUUUCCAUAUUAUUUUGUAGGUGAUGCAGCAUUUCCGCUGAAGACGAAUUUGAUGCGUCCUUUUCCAGGAUUAAGAAUGUCUCAGAGCAAAUCAGUAUUCAAUUAUCGUUUGUCACGAGCUUGCCGCGUUAUAGAGAAUGCUUUCGGGAUUUUAACUGCCCGUUGGCUUGUGCUUCGAACCACAAUAGAAUGCAGCCCAGAAAACUGCGAAAAGAUUGUUUUGGCAUGUUUGGCACUCCACAAUUUUGUAAUGUUGAAUGACCCCAAACGUUGGUACUGCCCAGAAGAUUUUACUGAAAAUCCAGAAUUUCAGUAUGUAGGUAUAUAA